AUGUCUACAUUUGUAGUAUGCCACCACUCCAAGCUUGUAGCCUACUUGGUAGCGACAUCGCUCCGGCUUUUGCACGGCCGAGCGACGCCAAUCCAUGUAAUUGAACUAGAAGUAGAAUACGUAGUGCCUGGGUUGUGGUGCGGCGUGAGUACCAUCUCGCAUGAAAGGGUCCCCAAUUGGACGUUUUUGCAGCUGCAAAUCCUCCUCCAGGUGCUUCGGCCAGCGUUGGUGUUUGUAGAUUCCAUACACGUAAGAACGGGUCGGUCUUCAGGACAGAGAGACACGGUGGAGGCUGUAGAGUCUACGCGAGGAUCAUACUUUGGCAUAAUUUAUGACGUUCAUGUGGUUUUGGAUACGCUUCGGCAGUUCUUGCUCAAUUCACCAAAUACGUUUCUCUCAGGAUCGAGGCUUCCAAUUCAGAUCUUGAAACAGAAUUUAGAUCGACAAUUUGGUCCUGACUCUGUAUGGAUGGAAUUCGACGACUUUGGCGGCCAUGGUCUUAGCACGGCCCCAUUUCCAAUGGCAAAUACCUGCUCUGCAAGAAUCCAGUUGAGUCAGAACACACCAUGGCCGUCAUCACAUUCAGCAUUUGAAAUUAGGAAUUUUAUCUGGUUUCCGUUAGCAAGAAUUUUUCAAAUGGGAUCUGGCGAUAAUCUACCUCAAUGCGGUGAAAACGACACCACUGGAUCAGUAAACCAUCUUUACAAUUAUACAGCAAUCGCCCGCUCUGACCUCAUGUGGGCAUUGACAGUAUGUGGAGCGUCGCUUCAGCGGCUGAAAACCAUGUCACUGGAGCCUAAGCUUUGA